AUGGAACCCGAAGACUCUCGAAAGCCAAGUGCCAAGUUCCUUCCUGCCCACUUCCCUUCCAUCUCUUCCCAAGUUUCCAUCGAGUCUUCGUUGGCAAGGCGGCAGGGGGAGCAAGGAAAGUUGCUGCCGUUGGGAAUUGGGAAACGGGAGUCCCGGUGCCCCGUUGGUCAGUCCCGUCUGCACUGGAUCCAUGAUGCGGGAAAAAGCAAAUAUUCGGCUGUGAGAAGGCGCUCCCGAGUCCCCAUUCUCCCACCUCAUGCAGCAGCUACCUACUUCCAAGACCUGAGUCCCACUAUACGCCGUCCUUCGUCCACCAAUGCCACCAUCCACCAUGACAUCGAACGAACUCGUCUCGCAUUAGACGCAUGGAGCCCGCCUUACGAAACGCAGAUGCAAGGAACACCGCGAGAUGCAGCCUGUCUGCGCACGCGAGGCACGACCAGCGCCUUUACCCCUCAUUCGCCCUCGUCCUCCCCUUGCACCACCCCGCUUCAUCCUCACCACACCCUCACGAUACUCGGAAUUCCCCCGCGACCUGUCACUGCUGUUCGGACUCAUGUUGCACCAAUUCUUGCCUUAUCGAUAGAUAUCAUCCUUGACGUCCACCUCACUUGCAAGCCAGGGAGAGACAACGCCACGAUACUUCGUAUGAACGUUACCUUGGUGCCGGGACAGCGCUUUGAGAGGGACUCGGGCUUGGCCAGGCUCGUGGAAGUCUGCGGCGCACUAGUUCCAGCCUCCAAGCACUCCUGUCAGGAUUCGAUCCCUGAACGCUGCGAUACUGCGGAUAUGCCACACUCUAUCCUACACCUCUGGGGACAAGGUGCAUGUGUCAACUCCACGGCCGUCUCGUCUCGUCCAGAUCACAGAUCCAUCCGCCCGGGCCUCGCAAUCUGGGAUGUCAGAGGCAACCGACGGGAACGCAGUUUGCAUCGGUACAAUUCAGCCUAUGCGAAAGCUAGCUUGUGCAGUGAUGGCAUGCUGGUUGGUUUUCGACUUUGCGGACCAACAGCAACUAGCACCAACCGCAAACUCAUCUAG